AUGGUAGACUUCAUCAAGUACCAAGGGUUUGAUCAUGUAUUCCAGUACUCAGGUCCCUGGUUGUGGUGGUUAGUAGGGUUUUACUUAUGCUUGCCAAUUCUUGCUUACAUUAUUUUGCCAUAUUUAGGUAGUAAAGGAACAUUUUCUGGUAAGAAGAGAACAAUAUCAAUCUUUGUUAUGGGAGAUCUUGGGCACUCUCCUAGAAUGUGCUACCACGCUAAGUCGUUCUCAAAACUUAAUUAUUAUGUCAACUUGUGUGGGUAUUUACAAUCUGAGCCACCUGCUGAAAUUGUCGAUGAUAUAAACAUAGAGAUUCAUCUGAUUCCGUUGACUGAAAACAGAGCAGGUUUGCCGUUUGCUUUGUUUGCAGUCAAGAAAAUCAUACUACAAAUAUUCCAGUUGUUUAGUAUGCUAUUUGAGUUUCGUGGUUCUGAGUAUAUACUCAUACAAAAUCCACCCUCAAUUCCAAUACUUGUUGUUGCAAUCAUAUUCAUAAAAUUAUUUAGCAGAAACACUCAAUUAGUUGUUGACUGGCAUAAUUUGAACUACACAAUUUUAAAUUUGAGGUACAAUAACUUAAAGCAUCCUGCUGUAAGAGCCCUUCGAUUAUACGAAAAGUUUUUCAGUAGAUUUGUCAGUUUCAAUCUUACAGUUACUAAGUGCUUGAAAUCCUUUCUUGUAAAUGAGUUUUCGAUAGAUAAUAAGAAAAUAUUGACUGUGUAUGAUAGACCAGCGAAUCAAUUCAAACCUUUGGACUCGUCUGGUACGACGAAAAAUGAAAUUAUGAAUAAAAGUCAAUUCUUCGAUGGAGCCAAAGAUUUGUCUGAGUACAAGAUAUUGGUUAGCUCUACGUCAUUUACUGCAGAUGAAGAUUUCUCUAUCCUUCUAGAUGCAUUGAAGAUUUGGGACAAAUCAAGUACGAAAUUACCAAAAUUGCUUCUAAUCGUCACUGGAAAGGGACCCAUGAAGGGCGAAUUUUUAGACAAAGUUAGGCAAUUGAAUUUUUCUGAAAGUAUUGUUAUCAAGACGGCAUGGUUAUCCUCUGAAGAUUAUCCUAAUGUACUUUCAAUUGCUGAUGUGGGUAUAUCCUUACACUCUUCAUCAAGUGGCUUGGACCUUCCUAUGAAGAUUGUUGAUUUCUUUGGUUGUGGUGUACCUGUAAUUUCACUUAAAUUUCCAGCUAUUGGUGAAUUGGUUAAGCAAGGAAUAAACGGAUUGAUUGUUGAGGAUGUUAAUGAAACAGGUAGAAGUCAAGCUGAGAGCAUGGAGAGACUUUUGGAAAAUGUGCUCACUGACCCUAAAUUAUUAAGAGAUUUAAAAGUUGGUGCCCUCGAAGAAAGCUAUAUUAGAUGGGACGAACAUUGGAAUGCAAAGAUGGGACCUAAAUUUAGAUACCAAAUUUGA